GGUGUUCGAAUGAAUCAAAGUGACAACAACAACAUGACCGAACAACAGAAAAGUCAUCAAUAUCUCCCAUUGGAUUCCAUUGAUUUUGUCCAUGCUGACGAGAAUUCGGAACAAAAUGGAGAGGACAAUAGUAAUAUAUUUUCUGACAAAGGUACUGUAUGUUUGGAGCCCGAAGGAAUGAAAGUGAUGAAAAUGACAUCACCGUGUUGUCAAAUGGUGGGUGUUCGAAUGAAUCAAAGUGACAACAACAACAUGACCGAACAACAGAAAAGUCAUCAAUAUCCCUCAUUGGAUUCCAUAGAUUUUAUCGAUGCUGACGAGAAAUCGGAACAAGAUGGAGAGGACAAUAAUAACAUAUUUGCUGAGAAAGGUAUAUUUCGGCUCCCAAAGGAACAAAAAGAUAAAAGUUACACCGUGAGCAGAAGAAUGGUGGGGUUCCGAAUAAAUGAAAUUGACUACGAUGAGAAAUCCGGACAAUAUGAAGACUCGGAGGAUGAUGCAUCCGACGAUGAGGACGAUGAUGUUAAGUUCACUGAUCGAUGUAUUGUGGGAGAUCGAGAUGAAAAACCCACGCUUUCCUUUCCCGACUCCAUCCAACCCUAUCCAUUUAAUAUUUUGGACUUUCUUGGGGUUGUUGCUUCAAUAAUACUCUUUGUCGUUGAUGUUGUCACGGAUAUUCUUCUUGCCUUGGAGUACAAAAAUCAGGAUAGAAAUGUAGAAUGUGUUCUUACGUCAUCAGUUGUGAUUGCGUCAUUUCUGGUGGCGGGGUCCUUAAGCACGAUUUGGUACAUACAGGACGGAAGUGGACCCAAAGGAAGAGUGAAAAAGAUUUUAUUUCUUGUCUUGGCCUUCCCAUUUUCUACUAUUAUCAGGAAUUUCUCUUACUUAAAACAUGGAUACCUAAGUCGCAGAUCCAGAUCCACCGAUAAAGAGAAACAUUACAGCAGGAUGAUCAAAAACAACAUGGAUGCCAGUUUUCUACGGAUGUGUGAUGCCUUCUUUGAAUCCGCACCUCAGUUGAUCAUUCAAGUUUAUAUUGCUAUCCAUGAUACGCCCAAAGAAGCAAUACACUUAGAACUUCUGCGUGCCGCUACCAUAGCAUCAUCUCUAGCAGGUCUGGCAUUGUCCGUGGCGGGGUACAGCAAAGCACUCCAUGUCUUUAACGCAACUUCCGACUUGAAAGCAUUUACGCACUGUGGAACUGUGGGAUACUUUCUGUGGAGAGUGUUCGAGAUUGGACCAAGAAUCACAGCCAUUGUAAUGUUGAUUUCAGUCGAAGUGUACGGUCCCUACUUGAUAAUUUUCGGCGUCAUGUUCCACUGGAUGAUUAUGAUAACGGUUGCAUUUUUCAAAAACGUUCAAGCGUAUAAAUCAAAACUACACAACGUUUUCUUCAUUGUGUUCAUUGGAUUUGUGAAAAUCAUAUCCUUUAUGAAUUUGAGCCGAGGUAGAUCACGAUUUCUUGCCAUAGCGUAUUACUCUCUAUUCCAUGUGGAAAACGUUUUAAUGGUGGUGCUGUUUGUAGUUUGGGGUGAUGUUAACAAGUCCAGCUGGGUAUAUAUAGCUACCAUAUCAGUGGCCUUGUCCGGUGUUAUUAUGUGUACUCUGUUUAUGCUGACGUACUACUCACUGUGUCACCCUAAAGUAUCUCGUUCAUAUACAUGUACAAGCAAAAAAGACAUUGAAGAAAACGGGAGCAUAUCUACUAUAUCUAGUGAUAGAGACGGGAGCAUAUCUAGUGAUAGAGACAGGAGCAUAUCUAGUGAUAGAGACGGGAGCAUAUCUAGUGAUAGAGACGGGAGCAUAUCUAGUGAUGAAUUAGUGUGUUAA